AACCUACCUGCAACUCUUUUUCGUAGAGCUAGUGGAGAAAAAUAUGGACCCAAUCUUAAUAGGAGCUUGCAUAAUCUUGGCUUCCCUUUUAAUUCUAUCUGCUUCAGGUUUGAUUCAAAGCAAAGGCAAAAAAAGAUCCCGGAAUCUGCCUCCGGGCAGCUACGGAUGGCCGGUGGUCGGAGAGUCACUGGAGUUCCUGAGGAGAAACCGGGAAGGGAAGCCGGAGAAGUUUGUGACGGACAGGGUGAGCAAGUACAAGUCGGAGGUGUUCAAGACUUGUUUGCUAGGGGAGGCGGUGGUGGUGCUAAGCGGCCCCGCCGGGAACAAGUUCCUGUACAGCAAUGGGAACAAGGUGGUGACGACGUGGUGGCCGACGUCGGUGCAAAGGCUGCUCGGAACUUGUUUAACGACGAGUGUAGGAGAUGAAGCGAAGCAGAUGAGGAAGCUGAUGGCCUACUUUGUCAGCCCGGAUGCACUGGACAAGCUCUACAUCAAAACCAUGGAUUUUGUCACUCAACACCAUAUUAAGAAUCAUUGGCAAGAGGAGUUGAAGGUGUUACCUGCUGUGAAGUUGUACACUUUUGAACUAGCUUGCCGGUUUUUCAUUAGCGUUGAAGAUCCAGAGCAUAUCAAGAAGCUUUCUAGGCUGUUCAACAUUUUCCUCAGGGGAGUCAUAUCGCUGCCUGUGAACAUUCCCGGGACAAAAUUUUACCGUGCAAUGAGAGCUACUGCUGUGAUCAGGGAAGAGCUUCUGAGGAUUGUCAGACACAGAAGAGAAGCCCUCAUGAACAACAACAACAAUAAUAAUAGGCAUGAUCUUCUGUCACAUCUGCUUGUCACGCCCGACGAGAAUGGGAGUUUCAUGUCGGAGCUGCAUAUCGUGAACAAUAUAAUCAUGCUGCUCUUUGCUAGCCACGACACUUCCACCGUCACUAUUACUCUGUUGAUCAAGACACUCGGGGACCUGCCUCAUGUUUAUGAAAAGGUCCUGCAAGAGCAGAGAGAAAUUGCAGCAACAAAAGAGGAUGGGGAGCUUUUACAUUGGGAUGAUAUACUGAAGAUGAAGUAUUCAUGGAAUGUAGUUUGUGAAGUGAUGAGGCAAUAUUCUCCUGUUAUAGGGGCUUUCAGAGAGGCACUUGUAGACAUCAACUACAAAGGUUAUCACAUUCCCAAAGGCUGGAAGUUUUACUGGAAUGCUCCCAUUACACAUAUGAAUGCAAGCUUCUUCCCAAGCCCUAUGGAGUUUGAUCCGUCGAGAUUUGAAGGAGACGGGGCAGUGCCUUACACAUUCGUCCCGUUUGGAGGAGGGCCACGGAUGUGCCUGGGGAAAGAGUUUGCACGCCUCGAGAUACUCACAUUCCUGCACAAUAUAGUUAUGAGGUUUAGAUGGAGCUUAGUUGUUCCCGACGAGAGACUCGAGUAUGAUCCAAUGCCCGUUCCUGUUGAAGGCCUUCCCGUUCGUCUUCAUCCUCACGAACUAUGAAACACACCAGAUGAGAUGAUUGAGGAUAAUAAUGUCAGUGCAAAACACAAACAGCAAACAUGUGUAGUGUGACAGACAUAUAUAUAUGUAUAUUGGAAGUCAUAGUCUUGUAGUUUAAACUUUAGAGGUGAAUGUAGUACAAAUAUAUAGCAUGAACUUUAAUUUAUGUAUGUCAUUCAGGAUUGCAGCA